AUGUCAGCCCCAAGCCGCAGCGCCUCGCAGCCGCACGCGACCACAAGAGCGCAUGCCUCGCCCGUACAGCCCGCAGGCGAGGCGAGGCUGCGCAGCCUGGCAGUUGACUUCGAUCUUGCCGCGCAGACCCUGUCGACGCCACCCCUCAAACCCCCGUCGUCUCCGGCAAUGUGGUCGCUUGCCGCCUUUGUAAAACAACAAGAGCGCUGGGGUCUUCGCUGUCAAGAGCUGCUGCAGCGCUCGGCGGGCGUGACGCCGCGGGAAGCGCUUCAGCAGGUGCGUGAGGAGCUGCGAUCGUGCCGGGCCGCCUUUGGAGCUGACAGUGCUGCCACACCCAACAGUGCAGACAAGGGCGUCGCCACGUGGGCGCUUAGCCUGCUGGAGCAUCAGUGCGCAACGCUGGAAGAAGACGUGUAUGCCGCGUGCACAGAGAGGCGCAACAACCACCGCUUUCUUCUUCGGCUGACUCACAGUCGUCUUGGCUGCGCAUAUCAGCUGGCUUGCAAAGUUAUCUAUGUUGCAGACUCGGUGCUCAGGGCUGCUGUGGCGGCAGAUGACGCCGGCGCCGUCUUGCCAGACUUCCCCCGAGACUGGCUGGCACUUCUGCUGGCCUCACUGCGUCUGCGCAGUCUGCGGCACGUGGCCCUGGCGCGCGCCUGUGGGGCUGUGUCGAAGGAGCAGCUGCAGUCACCGUGGGCGAUGGAGGUUCUUGUUGAGGAGGCCGUCCAGACGGCCAGUUGGAUCCUCGAGGCAAUCUUCAGCAUCCGCGAGCGCGGCGAAGUACCUGGACUGGCGCAAGUCGCGCUAGCAGAGACGCUGCUGACAUGCGCCCUCUCCCUCGCUGAGCUGGCGGCGUACCUUUGCACAAACACAUCGUACCGCUGCGAGCUGAUGGCGGCGGCGGUGCAUGUCUGCCGCGUACGCUUUCAGCUUACGCAGGGCGGCAGCGAUGCUCACUGGCUGCCGCAGUGUGUGAGCGACAUAGUGGCCCGCAUGCAGAGCAAGUUUGGCAGGAUACCGCUAACGUCAUCGGCCUUUACCGAGUAUGCCGCCCUCAUUCGACUGUUGCGAGACUCUGCUGAGUGCGCGGAGAGGUGCAACAGGGCAGCUGCUGUACACCCCGGCGCUCUAGCAGCGGACGGCCAGCCAGAAGAACCGCUGCGGCUGGGAUAUACCGUUACGCGCCUCAGGACCACGGUAGCUGUGGAUGCAGCUUUUCUGCGCGGCAACACACUGGUGCGCGAACUCCGUCGCUCCACCGCGGCGGUGCAGCGGGAAGUGCAGCGGUGCCCAAAUGCGCCUUCUUUGUGGAAAGACGCACCACGGCGCCCGCAGCACUGCGCUGCCCCUGAGAGUGCCGAGCACUGCCAGGCCAGCUCAUUGCCAGAAGCGUCAGAGGCGUUGUAG